AAUUUCAAAAACUUUUCCCCAUCGCUUCUCUCUCUCUCUCUCUCUCUCUCUGCACGCUCGCGCGGCUACGGGUUACGGGGAGAGCGGAGAGCUCGUCGCGGGUCAGCUUCUGUCGCCGGCGAUGGUUAUGCUCGAACGCACGCCGGUCGCGGAAGCGGCCGCCUCCAGUCCGCUCCGGAGUUCCACUCCUAGGGUUUCGCGGGAGGCGUCGCCGCCCUCCGAUCCCAUCCUCCCGUACCUCAGGUCUAUUAGCAAGGUCAUUGAUGAAAUCAGGAAAGACCCAGAAGCUUACCAAGCAGGUGUUCAACAGCUCAAGACUUAUGUGAUAGAAUGUAUCGACAAGUAUGGGGACGAUUACCAAUACUCCACUGACCCCCGUCUCCUGGAGAUCUGGAUUCUCUAUGCAGAUGCAAUUCAGGAUUUUGACAAGGUGUAUAAGCAGUUGGAGGAGAAAAACAUGUUUUUGGAGCAUGCACUGCUCUACGAAGCAUAUUCACUGUUUCUCUUUGCCAAGGGGAGAGUGCUGGAGGCUGAUAAGGUGUAUGCAAUUGGUGUUUCCAGAAAAGCUGAGCCCCUCGACAUCUUGAAGAAGGAACAUAUUAAUUUUUUGAGACAAUUGGAGAGUAUUGUAGAAGAAUUGAAGGCCAAACCAUCUAAAGUGCUCAAGGAGUCUAUUGUCGUUGAUCCAUGGUCUGAGUCUACUAUGAACGAUUUACUGGCAAAAAUUAAUGGUGGCCUCAAGAAGUCCAUUGGCUAUCAUAAGAGCAACAAGGUCUACUCCGCAAAGCUGCCCUUAAGUUCCUCGCAGAACGCUUUAAAAAAUAAAGUCAUUGAGUUAGGUUGCAGGAAGUAUCAGAUCAAAGGUUGUCCUGGUACUGGUGCUUUUGCUAAAUUAUACAAAGCUGUUGUUGAUGGCAACGCAGAAGAAACAGUUGCUUUAAAGAUUCAAAAGCCUGCAUUUCCGUGGGAAUUUUACAUGUACCGCCAGCUUGAUAUGCGAAUAUCUGAUAUUCAGAGACCAAGCUAUGGUUAUGCACAUGAAUUGCAUGUCUUUGCUGAUGUCAGUGUGUUAGUCUGUGAUUACCUUCCGUAUGGAACUCUUCUGGACGUUAUAAAUUCAUAUGUAGUUGUUGACCGUCAUAUGGAUGAAGUUCUCUGCAUAUAUUACACUAUAGAGAUGCUGCACAUGCUCGAAACUCUGCAUAGUGUUGGCAUAAUCCAUGGCGAUUUCAAACCUGACAAUAUGCUUGUCUGCUACCCAAGGGAAGAAAUCACAGACGAUACCUUCAGAAGCGAAACAAGAACAGGGCAGAACCAGGGGCUCUGUCUUGUUGACUGGGGUCGGGGCAUUGAUCUGAAUCUCUUCCCAGCCAACACGGAGUUCCUUGGGGAUUGUCAAACCUCAGGAUUCAGUUGUGUUGAAAUGCAAGAAGAGAGAACCUGGACGUAUCAAGCUGACACUUUUGGUCUCUGUGUCAUUGCACACAUGAUGCUACAUGGGACAGGCAUGAGCGUAGAGAAGGUGCCCAAGGCAGGUGAAAGCUACUUGUACCAACCGAAAUCGCCAUUUAAAAGGUACUGGAACGUUGAUCUCUGGAAGAACCUCUUCUCCACCUUGCUCAACCUGCCCUCCACUGAGAGUGACGUAGAUGUGCUCCGGGACCUCAGGAGAUCCUUCCAGGAUUACAUGUGCAGCAGCUGGCAGCUCGUUGCCAAGCUGAACCAGCAGCUAGCGAAGCAGAAGACCUCGCUGUGCUCAUCCUGAGGUGUGCAUUCCGUCGCCAAACCACCUUCGUGGGAACCCGCCACAUCUCGUGGCGUUGUGUCAACUGAACGGAAGAACAAAAAAAAACAACCGUGCUGUAAUCUUCAGCUGCCAUGAAACAAGUGUCUCUCAAGAUGUGUACCAGUGCCUAACGAUAAUUACUGUCAUAGAUUGACGUAGCGUUUCGAAAGAAAAAAAAA